AUGGCAAGUGAAGUGGUGAAGAGGGUAAAGUGUGGGUGCUGUGGGAUGUGGGAGGAGUGCACAGUGGAGUACAUUGAAUGGGUUCAGGAGCGGUUUGGAGGAUUCUGGGUUUGUGGGCUAUGCGAAGAAGCUAUCAAAGAUGAGCAAGCACGUCUUGGUGUUGGAGUUGAGGCUGCUUUGAGGGUGCAUGCCACCUUUCUAGAGUCUGCACAUGCUGAUCCUACUGCUCGCAUGGCUCCUUCCAUUCUUCAACUCAUCAAAAAGAUCAUGUCUUCUUCUUUGUCACCAAAGGCUUCUUUGCCCUAA